AAUAAAAAUCGUAACGAAAAUUUUUGGAACAAUCAUUCAAUUUCAAAAACAACAACAACAACCGGCUACAUGGUAGAAAUAGCACUUGAUACGGCGGUUCUUAAGAAGCAAAAAAAAUCAAUUGCCUAUUAUACCUCGAAAGCUAGUCGAAACAUUAGUUUAGGUUUAGGUUUAGGUUCAAACACAAUAGUUUGAACGUUAGUUUUAGCGUCAGAUACUAGGCGCCUCCAUCGGUGAAGGUAGUUUUUAAUAAACAAAGAACCUAAAACACGGUUCUAGUUUGAAUUAACCUUUUUCAUGAAAACUGAAGACAUAUAAAUUGAAGAACAUAUAAAAAUACACCGACAAUGAGCGAUUUGUUUGCGUCGCACAAAUUCGGUAUACCAUGUGAGCAAACAACCGGUAGUGUAACAAGAAGACCGUUGCAGAAUCAGUGUAAAAUCUACUUCCAUUUUACAGUAUUGUUUUGUUUCACUGUAUCACUGGGGUAAAGAAAAUGUUCAAAUUUAUAGAUUUAAAAAUAUGCUGCAACAAAUAAAAAUCGUAACGCAAAUUUUUGCAACAGUCCCAAAUUUCAACAAUUAACCCUUGACACACAUUUAAAACCAGGCUUGAGCCGCUAACGUGGUAUCAUAAACCCAAGGAGCUUGCAACUGACAUCAUGACAGCAUUCAGCCAAAGUCGGCGAAAGUGUAAACAAAACCGGUACGCAUGGAACUUCUUGAUCAAAGAAUUUUUGAAUCGUUUGGCAAACAGAUUGCCAUAAGAUAUUACGAUUCUAGUCAAACUAUCAGUGAAGUAAACUACGCCCAGCUAUGGAACGACAUGAAAAAGGUCGCAAGGGUUUUGAAGGAGCAGAACAUCGAAGGGAAAAUUGUCGGUGUUCAAUUGUUUCACUGUCCCGCACUGAUUGCCGUUAUAGGAGGUAUCAUCCUUUCCGGGAACAGUUUCUACUGUGUAGAUUCACAAACGGUUGAUCAACUUUUGCUAGAGUACGGUGCAUGUUCUGCAUACUUCCUGGAGGAUACCAUGUCAAACUGGGUGUGCGAUGGUAUGAAGAUACUAUUAGGAUUACGCAUCCUCACGCUGCCGUUGAUGUUUGUGCUUAAUUUAUCUGUUCGCGUUGCAAAUUAUCCUGAAUUGGCGUUUUGUGUAAGAACAUCCGGUUCGACUGGUCGGCCCAAAACGGUUCUUGUUCCAAACGCCUGCAUAAUGCCAAAUGUACUAUCGCUUAGCACACGGUUCCAGUUGUGCGAGCGUGAUGUCAUUUUUGUAUGUUCACCUCCAACCUUUGAUCCAUUUGUCGUCGAUAUUCUUAUGGGGUUGCGAGCCGGUGCUACGCUUCUGCUGGUUGAUAACUCAAUUCGUUUAUCAGCAAAACAGCUAUUGCCCUUGCUCUUUCCGGGCGUAACAGUAAUGCAAAUGACUCCCUCCAUGUUUACACGAUGGCAUACGACUGAUAUGAUGCACAUUAUUUUUGGUCCCCAAACAACACUCAGAAUCCUUGUUUUAGGUGGAGAACGGUUUCCAAUACUGAAAAGGCCUUCAAAAUGUCGGGUGGCUGUGUACAACAUUUACGGCAUCACAGAGGUUUCAUGUUGGAGCAUGAUUCAAAAAGUAUCUCAUGAGAAUGAAUCAGAUGUACCGCUAGGUGAACCUUUGGAUCAUUCGAUAAUGCUACAGUUAAGGAGCUUAGAUGACGAAAAUUUACAAGCAGAAAAAAAUCUAAAUGGUUCCACCAUAGGCCAACUUUAUAUUGGAAGCUGUUCUAGAAUAUGUUCAAUACUUGAGAAGCGUAAUGAAAAUUAUGAUACAUUAUCCUUCGAACGGACCGUUUAUCGACCGACUGGAGACUUAGUGGAACUUACCACCGAAGGCAAUUACUAUUAUCGUGAUCGGUGUAAAAGGACGAUAAAACGAUUUGGCUGCCGAGUGAGUUUGUCAGAACUGGAAACUGUAGUACAAAACCAUUCCGCCGUACAGCAGUGCUCGUCUUGUUUUAUUAGUGAACAUAAUCGAUUAGUGUUGUUCUUCACAUCGAACAGCGACGAUCGUUCAAUACAGGAUAUGCUCUGGACCGAAAUGCGUACGAAACUAAGGCCUGAGAAGCUUCCAGAUGAGAUACAUAGGAUCGAACGUAUUCCUCUUUCGGCUCACGGCAAAGUUUGUGCAAAUGGAUUAAAACGAAUUUAUGAAAAUUUAAAAUUAACUCAUGCUGACGAUCAAAUCUCAGCAGUGGAUUAUUUUUCUGCCGAAUUAACUGCGAUGGGUAUCCCAUAUGGACAACAGUAUGAUACGAGUAGCAGAAAUAAAAAGAUUAAACCCAACUCUUCGUUCAUCGAUCGCGGAGGAACAUCUUUUGCCGCCCUUCGCUUACAUACCGCUUUGGAAGAAAAGUUUCAAACACAAUUGCCACAACUUAUCACUCUGCUGAUAGAUCCGAUGACCCCGUUGGAGAUGGCCUUCAAAUAUGUGGAAACGAAUGUUUCAUCUAAAAAAGUGCUUGAAAAGCUUAACAUUCCCAAUGAGAACCAGCUAACGAUCGUUGGUCAUUACAAUCUAAACAAAUGUAUAGAUUCCCGAGCGUCGAUAAUCUUUUGCCCAAACUUUGGAAAUAUUUUAACCGUAGGUAGUCAUUCGGGAAUGUUACUAACGAUUAACAUCGACACGGAUGCAGUCGUAUCUUGUAUUUUGUUACCGGAUCGAAUAGAAUGCACUGUCAGCUUUUUUACGAAUGAGAACAACAUCGUUUGUGGUGUUGUGGGAUGCUAUAACGGAUUUUUGUAUUGCUUCAAUCCACUAGACGGGAGCAUUGUAUGGCAGUACGACGCUGGAGCACUGAUCAAAUGUACUCCUCUUGUUUUGCCACAAACGAAUCUAAUUGUUUUUGGAAGCUACAGCAACGAUUACAAUUUACAUUGUAUUGUAGGGGGACAAUCUAGCGCGAUAUUACGAUGGAAGGUGCAAAUAGGAAGCAAACCAAUUUUGUCCCAUCCAUUGUCUAUGGGUGGUAAAGAUGAUGCAGGGUUAAUUUUAGCUGCCACUUUGGAUGGUACGAUGGCAGCAGUAAGCAUAGAUACAGGACAUUUGGUAUGGCAACGAACAUCGCCACGCAAUAUUCCAAUAUUUAGUACCCCAACUUACUUGCACGAGUACAAAAGGAUUGCUUGUUCUACCGUGGAUGGUACCUUCGGAAUAUACGAUGCACUAGGAGGAAUCGAGACAGCAAAUUACAAAUUUCUUGGAAACGUUUUUGCGUCCUUCGAAAUAAUAAAACAUUCUCAUGAUCGUAUAGAUUUCAUCGUUGGAUGUUACGAUCGCAAAGUACAUUGCAUUGAGUAUUUACCCUUGAACGGUGAAACUCUCCUGCCCAAAUGGCAAAUAGAAGUUCAAUCUCAUAUCUAUGCAACUCCGUGCUUGGUUGAGCACUAUCUGGUAGUGUGCAGCACGUCGGGAUGGAUUAAUUUAAUCGAUCUAAGCGAAGACCGUAAUGCAAAGACAGAGUGCAAGUUUAGUGCAGCUCUGAAAAUGAAGGGUGAGUUAUUUGCCACUCCUCUUGUGUAUGGCAAGAUGGUGUUUGUAGGAUGUAGAGAUAACUUUUUGUAUAAAAUACGUGUGAAUGUAUAACAAUUGAGAAGAAAAUAAAAUUGUCACUUGAAGAAGAUUUUA